AUGCAGCCCUCUCAUUUUCGUGGUAAUCAGGGCUACGAACUCCCAUCCGUGCAGUCGGUGACGUCGGGCGCAUUCCCGGCUCCCGCGCUGCUCUCCGCUCCGCCGAGCAGGCCUGACAGCGGGAUGCGAAUGUCUCAUCUACUGCAGCCGAUGCCCCCAGCGGCGCCGGCGACAUCCCCGUACCAGCGUUACUAUGACUCCGCCUCGGGCUCCCCGGGCGAAACCACGCUUCCCGAUGCGCCUUCAAUGGGCUCGGGGCUGUACCAAACCAGCCCGGGGCAUAGCCAACAGACCGCCGCGCAGCUACAGCAGAAGCGCGCAUAUCGCCAGCGUAGAAAAGACCCCAGCUGCGAUGCGUGUCGCGAGCGUAAGGUCAAAUGCGACGCCUCGGAGUCGUCCAGUUGCACCGAAUGUAACAAUCGCAGGGUCCGCUGUCAGUUUACCAAAGAGACGAACCGCCGCAUGUCGUCCAUCAAGCAAGUCCAGGAUCUGGAGAAGCAGUUGCAAACUACAAAACAGCAAUUACAGCACCUGCAGACGGGCAUGAUGCGGCCGGAUCGCAUGGUCGAUGUUGACGAGGGUGUCUCGCAGAUGAUUAAGUUGCCUGAGAUUGAAUAUCGACCGGUGCGCCGUUCGAGGGCGCCCAUCCCGCAGGAUUUCUCCGACGUGCGGUCUAAUCUCCGCGAUUACGGCCAGGGCAUCAUGAAGGUGCCCACGCCGUAUCGCCAACAGGGUGCGGAGUCAUUGGUGACUAGGAAUGCGCCGAUCCUACCGGCGAAGAAGAUAGCAGAUCAACUACUGGCCCAGUAUUUCAGUUGCAUUCACUCGGUACUUCCAGUGCUCCAUUGGCCUAUAUUUAUCGCAGAGUAUGAAAAGGUUUAUCGGAUGGGGUCGUUGUUGGGUGUCUCGAAUGAAUGGGCGGCGGUGCUGUUUGGUGUGUUUGCCUGCGGUGUCAUCCACACAAACGACGAGGAUCGAGAGGAGCAAGGGAAGAAGUACGUACGCACAUCCUGUGGGAUUAUUGAUGUCUGGCACGACGUCUUCAAUUUGGAUCGUGCUCGCGCGGCGCUGCUAGCAAGCAUCUUUCUCUACGAGGUCAAUUCGAAGUCGGCUAGUUGGGUGUGGAUUGGCUCGGCGGUGCGCGUGGCUCAAGAGAUUGGACUGCACAUCGACUCCGGACCGUGGCCUGCCGUCGAAGGGGAGAUGCGGAAGCGUGUUUGGUGGGGGUUAUACGCUUGGGACCGAAUACUUGCGCUGGAAAUGGGGAAGCCAGUAUUGAUCAACGAUCAGGAUUGUGAUAUCGAUCUCCCAUGUCCCGUGGACGAGCAGUACAUCACAGAAGGAGGCAAGAUCCCAGACAACCAGCAAACCACGCCUUUGCUAGCUACGAUUCACGUCGUCCGGUCCAUCGGCCAACUCACACGCACCCUACGUUCAGCAACCAUCAGCCCCGCCACCCUCGAGACCUUCGAACUCCACUUCAACACCUGCCUUGCAACAUUCCCCUCUCAAUUCCACCCUAAGACCGACGAAGACCUCGACCCUCGCUCUCUCGCCCCGGUAAUCUACCUCCAAAACGCCCGCCUCCUCCUCCACCGCCACAACAUCUCCCCCUUCUGUCCAGACAUCGUCCGCACCUCCGCACUAGACUACUGCGUUUCGACAGCCCUCGACACAGCCAACAUUCUCUCCCGCUGUAUGCGCAACUACUCAGUACGCCCAAGACCACCAUGCAUCUACGACCCCCACUCGCACUUCGCCUCUAGCGCCAGCGCCCUCCUCUGCACACACGUCUGGCGCUGCACGCUCUUCCUCCUCUUCCGCGGUGAAUACGGCGGCGCCCUCGUAUGCGUGAAAGCGCUCUCAGCAGUCGGCGACGUGCGCACUGUCAACGCAGCCUGCGGGCGCUAUAUCUCCUUCUUCAUGCGCAAAUUACUCGGCUGCAUCGCCAAUUCCAGUGCCUCAGUCCCUGAUCUCGACCGCAACGAAGAAAUGAUGGCGUAUGUCUCGGGCGAUAUGCAAGGGACCAGCGACGGCAGCUGGAUAUGGCACGGGUCCGAGACGGGGUCUCAAUUGGAGGGGAUGGGGGCCCCGAUGCCUACAACCUCCUCGAACUAUCGGACGGAGAUGGAUACGGAUACAGAUUGGGAGGGGUGGACGUGGAUCGAGCAGUCUAUAGGCGUUCUCUUUCAGGAACAGAAACGGCAGCAGGAGGAGAAUUACAAGGCUUCUCUUGGGUCGGAUUCGGCUUCUGGUAGGUCGAGUUCGGCGCAUUCACGAAUGACGAUUGCUAGCAUCAUUUGA